GUCCAAACAAGGACAUUCCCGUUAAAAAAAGACAAUGAGAAGAAAAGAAACCAAAGCGUGUCUUAAUUCUGACUCCAGGGGUAAAGAGGGUCGGGUCAAAGGAAAGAAGAAUCCAGUGAAGAAGAGCUCAAAGGAAGAAAGUUACACAGAGAUCUUGAGUUGAAGACCAUAGAACUAUCACUUAUGCGGUUAGAGAAUCAAAGUAAAUUGAAGUACCCACUUCAGGCACCUUGCUGGGUUCUCGGCACCUGCUUCAUGAUCUUCCUCCUCUUUGCAUCACAGGGUCUAGUAAGUGUAAAUUGACAUAAUUUAGAAGUGCUUGUGUAACUUUACUUUAAAUUUGUGAUUCAUCUCUAAGAAGUUAUCACAGAUUGUUCAGUUUUGGGGAAUUUUUCAUUUGUGUGGGAAUGGUUGGGGAAAAGAGGGUAAAGAAAUAGUAAUGGAGCUAUGGAGAUCUGAUCCUGGUUUUCUCAUUUUGGUUCCCCUCACCUAGCCAAGAGAACAUAUAUACUAUGAAAUAUUUAGCCGCUUCUAAAUUGGUUUUCCUCUUCCUUGGAGCAUAAAGUUUUAUCAACUAUUUACAUCUAUCAUUGCCCAUUUAUUGAUUGAAAACCAGUGGAGAUUGGAUUUUUUUUGGAUCAUGUAGCACUCAAUUCUCGACUGCACAAUAGUAGCAACAUCAAGAACAAUGGCAUCGAUCCGAAGAACUCUUUCACCGGCUUACCACGACCGUCACUACCAGAAUGGCGCCUCCGUUUCUACUCCUUCUAGCAAGAACCUCCUCUUCGCAACUUCUAAAUACUCGCCCUCAUCACUUCCUUCUGUCGUGGCUGCUUUCGCUCUUAACUUCCGCCGGAAGGGACCUCCGGGGCUGGGGAAAGCCUUCGGUAAGUGGGCAAUUUUCUUUUUGAUUGGCUUCCUGCUCGGAAUGAUGCCCUUAGGUCACGUCAACGACAUUCAGGCUCGGGAUUUCUCUUUCGACAUAAAGCCAUCGCACGUGAACGUGAGAUUUGAGGACGAGGCCGCCAAAGCCGGCAGCAUUAGAGAUCCGAUUGUGAAGCCUGAGCAGUUUAUGGCUGACGUGAGGCUUGGAGCCGAGGCCCAGCCUGAGUCGAGCGACGGGCUUGUUUUUUUGCCUAGGAAAGAGCUGAUUGUGGUGACUCCAACGUAUAAUCGGCCUUUGCAGGCGUAUUUCUUGAAUAGGUUGGGGCAGGUGUUGAGACUUGUGCCUCCGCCAUUGCUGUGGAUUGUGGUGGAGAUGAAUUCGGCGUCGAUGGAGACCGCUGAGAUUUUGAGGAAGACUGGCGUUAUGUAUAGGCAUUUGGCGUGUACUAAGAAUUCAACAGAAGUUAAGGACCGAGGUGUGCAUCAGAGGAACACUGCUUUGGAGCAUAUUGAGCAUCACAGGCUGGAUGGCAUUGUUUAUUUUGCUGAUGAUGACAACAUAUAUUCGCUUGAAUUGUUCUACAGCUUGAGAAACAUUAGUCGUUUUGGGACUUGGCCAGUUGCAAUGCUUACACAAAGCAAAAACAAGGCCAUAUUGGAAGGUCCAGUGUGCAAUGGGAGUCGAGUCGUUGGAUGGCAUACUAAUGAGAAAAGUAAGAGACUACGAAGAUUUCAUGUUGAUAUGUCAGGAUUUGCUUUCAACAGCACAAUUUUGUGGGAUCCAAAGAGAUGGCGACGCCCCACAUCAAUUCCUGUCCGGCAGUUAGACACAGUGAAGGAGGGUUUCCAAGAGACAACUUUCUUAGAGCAAGUGGUUGAAGAUGAAAGUCAGAUGGAAGGUACACCUAUGGGUUGUUCGAGGAUAAUGAAUUGGCACCUUCAUUUGGAAGCUCACGGUCAUGUUUAUCCCAGAGGAUGGCUGCUCCAAAAGUACCUUGAUGUUGCCAUCCCUCUCAAGUGAUCGACAUCAAUCUAGCAGUUUUGAUACUUGUAGCUUACAGGUAUGAUGUUACUUUUAACCCUAUCCAACUCUCUCCUAGUUCCAAGUGUUGGAUCAUGGAUUUAUGAAACUCACCUGAGUUUUGCAGUGGUGGAACUAAAAAAGCCACAAGUUCAUUAUCCGUUAAUAGCUUUGUUUUGAAGGGGUAAUUUUUUGCAUAUAGCGAAACUUACUGCUAAAGUUUGGUAGGGAGAAGAAAUAGCUAGCCACGCUUCAUGAUUAAGCUUCUUUUUAGGGUGUGAAGGUUUCAUCAUUUAUAGCAAAAUCAACUUAUCUUCUUAAGUCCAUCUCCUAGUCAUUAAAUUUACCAAAAUUAACUUCUUACCUUGAAAGAAAACAUCUGAUCAGUAGACUUCCAUGACAGAUAAUACUUCAUCUCAUUGGUUGCCCUGGAUAGAUUGGGUUGUCAAUUGCCAACGACCAAAGAUUGUUCAGCAUCAAAAUGGAUACAGUUGGCAAUGGCAGAAACAGAAGAUCAAAGAUUUUCUUUCCCCCCUGCUUGAUAUAUUCUUUUAACAAAACGAUGUCAUCGAUUUGGUGUAGAGUUUUGGUCUUUCUUCUCUUGUUUGAUAAACAAAACAGUUAGCAUGGGAUAAGUUUGUUGAGGAUUCAUACUGUCAUAUAAUAUGAUGUAGAGCUAUGUCCAAAAUGGUUUCAGAUAUUCAAGACAAAGUCUGCCUUUGGUAAAUUUACUUUGUACGAUGAGCAUAGCUGGUGCAGUUGUCACUUUACUCUGGUCUUGUAAAAGUAAGAAGUGAAAUACCUCAUCUGUUAUUCCAAAUAGUCUUUUGAUUUUCUCCAUAAGGUUAAUGGUUUAUUAUUUGUUCGAUUACGUUUUUUUGACAACACUGUUCUGAGUCUGACACAGAUUGAAUUUGCAAUAGAAAUAUAACCAUUGCCUCGUUCUUUGA